AUGAAGAAUAGAUGGGUAAUUACCAGACUGAACAUUUCAAAGUUCAUACAUUCAUUACGUCGUAUUUCAUGGAGACCAUUUUCAAGAGUUUCAACAACAGAUCAAUAUAAUAUCAUUGAUGAAAAUUUUGAUCCACAAUCUAAAUAUAGAGCAAAAAAUUUGGUUCUUAAAUCUAAACUUUUGAUACUUUUAGGGUUUAUUUUCAUUGGGAUAAGCUUAUUCUUAUCAAAGUUUUAUAUAUUUACACUGGAUAAUUAUAAUCAAUAUGUUCAAUCUAGUUAUAAUCUGAAUUUAUAUUUAAGUUUCAAUAAAAGGUUUCAAGGUUUUAAAGAGUUUAAUAAUGUUUUUCAGGCACCAAAUCAACGUGAAUUAUAUAUCAAUCAAAAUGGAGUGAAUAAUGAAUUCAAUUAUAAUUACUCAUCAAUCGCAUUAAUUUCAUACAUCAAUGAAAUUUAUAAAACUCAAAAGAGUCCCAAAGAAUACCUUAUAAACCAGACCAUUGAUUUCCACUGGGGUGAUUGGGUAGAUACCUCAAGAGCAAAUCCAUUUAUCAAAAUGUAUCCAGAUUUACUCAAAAGAUUUGGAAACUCUCAAAAUGAAGUUUAUAAUUAUUAUAAAAUGAUGUGUCAAUUUGUUCUUGAAGAUAAAAUACCUGAUUAUGAAGAUCAACAAUUAUUUCAAAAUCUUGCAUAUCUAUUUGAACAAGUUGAAGGUGUUGAAAUAUGUGGUGCUAUUGAUAAAUAUUAUUAUUUUCCUGUUCCAGAACGCAUUAUGCUUGAAACUGACUAUCAUUAUCAUGUUGUUGGUGUGAAUCCAAGGAGAUUGGAUGAACCUUUAGGUAUUGAAGGAUUAGCGAAAAGGUAUCAUAAUUCCAAAAGUGUCACUUCUAAGCAAAUAAAAGCUAUUGAUCCAAAUGAUGGAAAACAAAUUGCUCGGGAACUUAAAGGGAGUUAUCUUUCGAAAGGUUAUGAAUUUUCAAAUUUCAAGCUUCAAAGGUUCAUCAAUCAAGAUCCGUUAGAUUUUAGAGAACCAAACGUUUUGGGUGAAAUCAAAGAAUUAGAAAGAAAUAAGUUCAAAUUAACACAAGGAGAACAAAAAAGAUUAGAUUUUUUGCAUUAUUCUAAUGAACAUUUGAAAGAAAGACAGCCAUUUUUUUUCAAAACUGUCAUGGUUAAUAUUGAUAAUUACCAAGCCGUAUUACAUCAUUAUAACUAUCCAUGGAUGAGGAAAAUCUUGUGUCCUGAAGAAAGAAUCAAAAUCAUUCAUCAUAUGAUUAGAUCAUGGUUUAAAUUUGCAGAACAAGCUCAAGUGAUUUCAUGGUUUAAUUAUGGGAAUUUAUAUGGAUGGUAUUUCAAUGGACAAAAUUUACCAUGGGAUAAUGAUGUUGAUGUUCAAAUAUCAGUACAAGAUCAAGAUAAGUUAGGUCAAUAUUAUAAUAAUACGCUGGUUAUUGAAAACCCAGAUUUGGGAGAUCACGUCUUUCUUUAUCAAACAAAUCCAUGGUAUUUACAACCUCAUUAUAAACAACAUAUUGAUUCACGUUACAUAGAUGUGAGAUCUGGGAUUUAUAUUGAUAUUUCAUGUCUUUGGUUAGAUCAGUCUAUUGAACAUUAUGAUAAGGAAGAUGAAGAAAAUGAAGAGAAAGCAAAAAAAGAAGGAAACGAUACACCAGAAAAAGCAUUGAGACAAGUUCAUUGUAAAAACAAUCGUCGGUUCCCAUUAGAUGAUCUUUUCCCAUUGAGAAGAACCCUGUUUGAAGGAGCACAAGGUUAUAUGCCAUAUAAACCCAAAAAAGUCCUGUGGGAUACUUAUGGAAAGGGAUGUACAGAUAAGAAAUAUAAUAAAGAUCAUAAUUGGCAAAAAGAUAUAGGUAUGUGGAUUCAAAAUCAGAUUUGUGAAAAUGAAAAAAUCCCUAAAACUGGUGAUAGAUUUGAUGAUAAUGGUGAUUUAACUCUUAGUGGAGCAUGUAAUGAUACUGAAAUAUUAGAGAUUUUCAAAUUAAGUCAUGAUCAAUAUCAGGUUCAUCUUAAAGAAUUUGAUAUAGUUGUUGGGAAAGGCGAGGAUGGGUCAGAGUUUAGUGAAGAUGAAUUACCAAUCUAUAGGUUUUAUGAUUCUUCAGAGUUUCAAUAA